AUGGGAGAAUCCUUCAAUUUGGUCCAUAAACUCUCUUUUACAUGUUUUUCUAACCUCGUCUCUUUUCUUUUUCCAGCUGUUGAUCGAAGGAAAAGCUUAAAGGAUAAGGCUAUUGUUGUUGCUGCUGCAAGAAAAGUUGCUGCUUCCUCGAAAGGAGGCAGUCAAGAUGAUGGAACAACCCUUAUGAAGCCAACCACAAAGAAACGAAAGCAAAAUAACCCACAACCCACACCAAUCGAAUCAUAUCCUGAAGACCCAUCCCCAGAAAAUUCAAAAGCUUCCAAAAAGAAGAAGAAAUCAAAAUUGUUUGACCCAGUCCAACAAAAAACUACCAACAAAUUUAGGCCAAUGAAGCCACAUGCACAAAGAGUGAUAGACGUUGAUCCGAAGCCAACCAACACUGCUCCUGAACAAGUUGAAAGUGAUAAAUAUAGUCCCAGGGACGAGGGACUUAAGCAUCAAAUACGAUAUUCCUGUGAGCACUAG